CCCCGCGGGCCUCGCCUCCGCCCCCUCCCCGCCACCCCGUGCUGCUGCAGCAGCGACUCAUGCGAGCGCGGCCGGAGGGCAGCUGGCCGGUAAAGGGAUCUGAACCCAUGACCUUGGCAUUAUCAGCACCACACUCUAACCAAGUGAGCUCGCUGUCCAGCUCUGAGAUUUGAUAAUGGGCUGCAUUAAAAGUAAAGAAAACCAAAGUCCAGCCAUUGAAUAUAGAACUGAAAACACUUCAGAGCCUGUCAGUACAAGCCUCAGCCAUUAUGGGGCAGAACACACUGCAGUGGCACCGUCAUCUUCAGCAAAGGGAACAUCAGUUAAUUUUAGCAGUCGUUCCAUGACACCAUUUGGAGGAUCCUCAGGGGUGACACCUUUUGGAGGAGCAUCUUCCUCAUUCUCAGUGGUGCCUAGUUCAUAUCCUACUGGCUUAACAGGGGGUGUUACUAUAUUCGUGGCCUUAUAUGAUUAUGAAGCUAGAACUACAGAGGACCUUUCAUUUAAAAAGGGUGAAAGAUUUCAAAUAAUUAACAAUACGGAAGGAGACUGGUGGGAAGCAAGAUCAAUCGCUACAGGAAAGAAUGGUUAUAUCCCUAGCAAUUAUGUAGCGCCUGCAGAUGCCAUUCAGGCAGAAGAAUGGUAUUUUGGCAAAAUGGGGAGAAAAGAUGCUGAAAGAUUGCUUCUGAAUCCUGGGAAUCAACGAGGUAUUUUCUUAGUGAGAGAGAGUGAAACUACUAACGGUGCUUAUUCCCUCUCUAUUCGUGAUUGGGAUGAGGUAAGGGGUGACAAUGUGAAACACUACAAGAUUAGGAAACUUGACAGUGGUGGAUACUAUAUCACAACCAGAGCUCCGUUUGAUCCUCUGCAGAAAUUGAAGAAACACUACACAGAACAUGCUGAUGGUUUAUGCCACAAGCUAACAACUGUGUGUCCGACUGUGAAACCGCAGACUCAAGGUCUAGCAAAAGAUGCUUGGGAAAUCCCUCGUGAAUCUUUGCGACUAGAGGUUAAACUAGGACAAGGAUGUUUUGGUGAAGUAUGGAUGGCAAUCAAAACAUUAAAACCAGGUACAAUGAUGCCAGAAGCUUUUCUUCAAGAAGCUCCGAUUAUGAAAAAAUUAAGACAUGAUAAACUUGUUCCACUAUAUGCUGUUGUUUCUGAAGAGCCCAUUUACAUUGUCACUGAAUUUAUGUCGAAAGGGAGCUUAUUAGAUUUCCUUAAGGAAGGAGAUGGAAAGUACUUAAAGCUUCCACAACUCGUAGAUAUGGCUGCACAGAUUGCUGAUGGUAUGGCAUAUAUUGAAAGAAUGAACUAUAUUCACCGAGAUCUUCGAGCUGCUAAUAUUCUUGUAGGAGAAAAUCUUGUGUGCAAAAUAGCAGAUUUUGGUUUAGCAAGAUUAAUUGAAGACAAUGAAUACACGGCAAGACAAGGUGCAAAAUUUCCAAUCAAAUGGACAGCUCCUGAGGCUGCACUGUAUGGUCGAUUCACAAUAAAGUCUGAUGUACGGUCAUUUGGGAUUCUACAGACAGAACUGGUAACAAAGGGCAGAGUGCCUUAUCCAGGUAUGGUAAACCGUGAAGUGCUGGAACAGGUAGAACGAGGAUACAGGAUGCCCUGCCCUCAGGGCUGUCCAGAAUCCCUCCAUGAAUUGAUGAAUCUGUGUUGGAAGAAGGAUCCCGAUGAAAGACCAACAUUUGAAUAUAUUCAGUCUUUCUUGGAAGACUACUUCACUGCUACAGAGCCACAGUACCAGCCAGGGGAUAAUUUAUAA